UUAUAUGCACUUCACCCGGAAUGGGAUGAACAUCUGACGUCACGCACGGCGCUCUUUUGACUUAGCAGACUUGACACAGCUCUUUCCACUGAAUUUGAUUCUUGCAUGGGAUCUGUCUUACGCAACACCGAAGUAUGGAAAAGCACUACAGCGUGAAAACGUUUCAACAUGGAAAUAUCCACGGCCAGCAAUCACGUAUUGCCUCGUAAACGGUCGCGGAACAAGUCUUUAUUCACGCACAUUCAGAUAAUAGCUGCUGUCAUUGGUGUAUCCUACGCAUUAGAACCGAAAACUGACGAUGAAGAUAUUCAAAAAGUACUUGCAAAGUAUUUCAAAAAAGUUCCGGAUAUACACAGCAGCUACGUUGUAAACGAGCAGUUGGCAAAGACUAUUGCCAAUUACUUCAAUGGUACAGUUAACGCGUUUCCCCUAUUCAGAAUAAGCAUCAAAAUAGAUCGAAAGCCGAUAAAAAUCCCUUGGACAUUGAACCAUGGUACAAGGGUUAACGAUACUCUAAUGAAGAAAAGGUAUAAAUAUAUAAAAAUAAGGAAAUAAAAUGUUGCGGAUGAUA